CGCGAGUACGAACAUGCGUACUUGAGUAUUAGUGCACGGCUCUCAUCAAUGAAGUCUAACUUUUCCGAGCACUCUUGAACGCAGCAGAGGGAUAACGCGUCAGACCGGCUCGCAGCGCACGCUCGUCGGAGAUAGUCUAUUAAAGCAACACGAGCCACUACGUCACAGCGUCACGGACACUGUCCCACUCAAACGGAGACCCACAUAGACUGCGCGUGCGCCGGUGUCCCGGUAUAGGCUCGGAGUGAGGCCUCUGUCGGCUGCUCUCCGAGCUUCGUACGUUCAGCGGGCCUCUUCUCUCAUGUCUCCCCGGCUGUUGAGGCUGGUUUCCGGCUCGGACUCUGCGGUUCUCUGACUCCCUGUUCGCGGUGUAUUGGUUCUCGGAUGGCGGCGAUGCUCUGGCUGGGAGCGGCGGCGACGGUCUUCUGCCUGGUGCCCGGCUCCCUGGGAGGCGCAGGCCGGCUCUACACGGAGGAGGACCCGCUGGUGAUCCUGAGCAGCGACAGCCUGAAGUCCGCCGUCACUAACUCGUCCUCGGCCUGGCUCAUCCAGUUCUUCUCGUCCUGGUGUGGACACUGCAUCCAGUACUCCAGCACAUGGAAGGCUCUGGCCCAGGACGUGAAAGACUGGCAGGAUGCCAUCAGCGUGGGUGUGUUGGACUGCGCUCAGGAGGAAAACUUUGACGUCUGUAAGGACUACAGCAUCAAGUUCUACCCCACCUUCAAGUUCUUCUGGGCCCACAGUCCACCAUCGGAGCGAGGGACGACCUACAGAGGUGCAGACCGGUCGAUCCCGUCUGUCCGUCAGCUGAUGGUGAACGUCCUGCAGAACCACACUAAUCUGGACCGGCCCAAGCACUACCCUCCUUUAGAGCCCUACAGCGCUGCUCAACUGCUACCUCUGCUGGGUCAAAGGUCAGAUCACUACACGGCCAUCCUGGUGGAGGAACCGGACUCGUACGUGGGGCGAGAGGUGAUCCUGGACCUGCUGCAGUAUUUGGGUGUGCAGGUGAAGAGAGCUCUGAGCUCUGAUCGCCCCCUGGUGGACGCUCUGAAGCUCACUGCCUUCCCUGCCAUCUACCUGCUUCAUCCCAAUGGGACACAUGCACACCUGCACAGCGAGAAGCCGCUGCGUUUCUUCUUCUCCUCCUUGCUGAGGACGUUACCUGGAGUCCAGCGCCGUUUAAAGUCAAGCAGCACCAGCAGUUCCGGUGCGAGCCAGGUGGGGGCGCUGCCGGGCAAACAGAACACAGAACCAUGGAGGGACUUUGACAGGUCUAAGGUGUACACGGCCGACUUGGAGACAGCGCUCCACUACCUGCUGAGGGUCGAGCUGGCUACCCAUAAUACACUGGAAGGGGAGGAGCUAAAGAUCUUCAAGGACUUGGUGACUUUAGUGGCAAAGCUGUAUCCAGGUGGCGGCUCUGUGGUGAAGUUAAUGGAGACGCUUUCUGAUUGGCUGCUCAGCAUGCCGCUGCAGCGAAUCCCGUACCAGGCCGUCCUGGACCUGGUGGAUAACAAGAUGAGGAUCUCAGGUGUGUUCCUAGGGGCGGAGCUUCGUUGGGUGGGUUGCCAGGGGAGUAGGGCGGGGCUUCGAGGCUACCCGUGUUCCCUCUGGACCCUGUUCCAUGUUCUGACUGUUCAACAUGAUGCCAACCCCACCGCACUGGACAACACAGGUCUGGAGGCUGAGGCGGCGCCGGUGCUGCAGAUGAUGCGCCGCUACAUCCGAACCUUCUUUGGCUGCCGGGAGUGCGGCCGGCACUUCGAGCAGGCAGCAGCGGUCGGCAUGGACAACGUACAGAACAGAGAGCAGCAGAUCCUCUGGCUGUGGCAGCAACACAACCGGGUCAACAUGAGGCUGGCAGGCUCUCUGAGCGACGACCCCCUCUUCCCUAAAGCUCCAUGGCCAAGCCCCUCCCUCUGCGCUUCCUGCCACGAGGAGAAAAACGGCGUCCACGUCUGGAACCAGGACAACGUCCUCCGCUUUCUACGACAACACUACGCCGCCUCCAACCUGUCCCCCGAGUACUCCGUGACCCCCCCUCGACUUCCUGCUCCUCCAGUUCCCAAGGAGCACGAAGGAGGCGUGAGGGGCGACUCGGAGAAGAAGUCCUCCACCCAGACUCCUCGUCCAGGACGCCAGGCUGUGAAGGGGGAGGAGAGGAGGGAGGUGUGCGAUCCAGGAGGUGGAAGCUCCGCUCCUCCCGCCUCCACGUCUGACCCGGCCCGGGUGGAGCCAGGACCAGAGCUGGUUCUGGUUCAGGGCUUUUUCUCAUAGACUGAUCGGCGCCUGAUCAGAUGGCAGGAGUUUAGACCAAAUGUGAGCGGCACAAACAAAGUGAUGUUUGUCUGUGGAGGCGAAGCUGAACGCUUCCUCUCGCUGGGAACACGAGCGAUGAAGAACAAGCUCUGUGGCCGAGGACGAAGACCCACAACCGUGUAACUGACCCUGAGAAUUAUCUUAAAUAAACAUGUGACAGACUCUGGUCCUUCUGGGGUCGAGUGAAGCCACGACUGGACCAGAGCCGAGGAGUCCGUCCCGACGGAGCCGAGAUAAAAACCUCUAAACCCUGAACCGCAGUCAGCCCUGAACCAAGCCACAACCAGCCCUGGUUUUGGAUUUACUCACUCGUAUGUGGACACCCGUCUGGACUCUCAGGUCUGAAUGUAUUUAUUUUUACCUGUCACACUCCUCUGGACCCUCUGACCAGGUGUCUGAGACCUGGACAAGCUGCUGUGGGCUGGGUUCAUUUCCCAGAAUCCCACAGGAGGACCUAAGGGUAGACCCUUAACAGCCUGGACGUGACAGUAUCAAAGUGAGUUCACUUUGUGCCAAACCUUUAACCAGCUAACAGAAGACACACCUGUCCUCUCAGGCCCCGCCCACUCCGUGCGUGUGCUGUUGUAUGUCUGUGUUUGUGAUAGGAGGGAAACCCGUCCUGAUAAACUGAUGACUGAUUGUAGUUUUGAAGUUUCUUUUUGUGAAGUGAUUCAAAUAUGAACCAUGUUUAUCACUUUAAUUUAUUUCCUGUAAAGAAUUCGAACCCCAAAGGCCCAGAGUGAGUUUGUUUUCUACUAAACAACCAAAAUGACGAAGCACAUGUGAAAGCCGUGUUUACCGGUUGUAUAAAUGUUUGUCUUUAUGUUCCAGAUUAUUUUCUUCAAAUAAAAUCAAACUG